AUGAAAAUGGUGCUCAGUCCAGGCACACACAAAUACCUGCACAAAAAGGCUCAUAUCAAUGACACUGCUGGAGCCGAGAAGAAACAACAACUUGCACAGGUGAAAUAUGACAAGUGGGUGGUACAACAGAACCGCGAGACUGAUGCAAAGAGGAAGAAGCAUUGUGAAGCUUCAUCGGCAAAACUUGCAGCUGUGGUACCUCGCGUGACACCAGAUGAAAUCACGAAGAUGCGUGUCAUUGAGGUGGACUUGCAGAUUUGGUGGCAUUGUCAAUUUGAUGCAGAAGUGCCUGCAGCCAAACACCUGAAAGGAAAAAGUGAGUCGGAAAAGAAGGCUAUUUUGGCAGCUGCUGCAGCUAGGUAUAUUUGUGGUGCCGGACCCAAGACCCAGGACGAGAAUGUGCCACGGGAGGAUGCAGAGUGCGCCAUGGUAGAUUCUGAUGAUGAAGAGGGCCUGUGGUAG